GCGUGGGGCGGUUGGCCGCGGCCGGGGCGGCAGCCGUUGGCGAGCUGUGGCCUCCCAGGCGAGGUCAGGCGUCUGGCCUGGCUGCGGCCACAAUGACCAAGGACUCGCCCACCCCCUUGGGUGGCGGCCGCGCGUCGCCCAAGAAGCCAGGUAGCCCCGGCCCGGCGGCUGCAGUGCAGGAGGAACAGAGACGGGAGCUAGAGAAGUUGCGGGCUGAGCUGGAGGCGGAGCGCGCGCGGAGGUUGGCGGAACGACGGCGCUUCGCGUCCCAGGCGCGGCAGCUGCGGGAGGCCGCCGAGAGGGAGCGGCAGCAGCUGGCUGACCAUCUGCGCUCCAAGUGGGAGGCACAGCGCUUCCGGGAGCUGCGGCAGCUGCAGGAGGACGUGCAGCGGCAGCGCGAGACCGAGAUCCGGCAGCUGCUGCGCUGGAAGGAGGCCGAGUUGCGGCAGCUGCAGCAGCUGCUGCAUCGCGAGCGUGAUGGCGUGGUGCGCCAGGCCCGGGAGCUGCAGCGCCAGCUGGCCCAGGAGCUGGUGAACCGUGGCUACUGCAGCCGCGCGGGGGCGCCGGAGGUCUCUGCCGCGCAAUGUCGCUGUCGCCUGCAGGACGUCCUGGCACAACUGCGCUGGGAUACCGACAGCGAGCAGGCAGCGCGCAUCCGUCACCUGCAGGCGGCGCUGGACAUGGAGCGCCAGCUCUUCCUCAAGUACAUCUUGGAACACUUCCGCUGGCAGCCCGCUUUGUCUGGACCCCCGGACUCCCAGGCAGUGAAUCCCUCGGAAGAGCCGCUCCCUGGAACAGCAAGCAGUGCUCGUCUCACUCCAAAGCCCGACUGUCGUCUCGCAUCCCUGGACGGCCUGAGCGCGCGCGAUCGCAUUCGCUCUCGUUCCCUGGAUUUGGUGCCCGGUGUGUGCUCAAGCUCCGCAGAUGGCCUGCUCCCAACGCGCGCCAGCUCCCUCGAUUCCUUGGCAACAGAGCGUUCUUGCUCGCUGGACAGCACACUGAGUUUCCCCAAGGCCUCCGAAACUGAGGCGCGAGUCUCCUUGACAGAUGCAUCCAUCAGGGGCUCCCUAAGUACCCCGCCGCCGCCACUGCUACCAUCCCUGUCAUUAUCGGUACGUAGGAACCCUAGCGAUCCCCGAGAAGAAAUCUCCCGGAAGGAGCCCUGCGCUGCUCUGACGCCCUCACCACUGAGCUUGGACUACCAGGAUCUGGUGAAGCAGAACUCGGAACUUGCUGAAACGCUGCGGGUGCUGGCACGCCGCUGCUCUGGACUACAAGAAGAGAACAUACAGUUGCGUCGCUCACACUUCUCCGACGGGGCGGAGGAAAAGGUGAAGCGGCUCAAAGUGAAGCACGCGGAACUGACCGGACUCGCGAGGCGCCUGGAGGACCGGGCUCGAAAGCUUCAGGAGACCAACCUGAGAGCAAUGAGCGCGCCUGUGCCGGGUGAGAGCCGCUCUGGCCUGGAGCUAUGCCAGGCCUUUGCUCGCCAGCGUGCGCAGGAUCUGUCAGAGCAAGCUAGCGCGCUGCUAGCCAAAGACAAGCAGAUCGAAGAGCUGCAGCGCGAAUGCCACCUGCUGCAAGCACGCGUCGCCACUGACCUUAAUAGCGUCUCUGAUCCUGGAGGAGGCGCCCCCUGCACGCAGUGGCUCAACAUCAGCGACUUGGACCGGCUGCAACGUGAGUCCCAGCGGGAAGUGCUACGCCUGCAAAGGCAGUUGACGCUACAACAGGGCAAGAGCGACAAGCCAGCCGAGGCGGGCGGCCAGAGCGCACUCUGUGAAGAUGCGCGACACCAGGUGCAAGCACUAGAGCGCGAGCUGGGCGCGCGGCGUAGGGAAUGUGAGGAACUGGGUGCUCAGGCGGCGGCAGCACAGCGGCGCGGCGAGGAGACAGCAGCACAGCUGCAGACAGCACUGCGCAAGGGCGCCUGGCUGGCGGAGGAGAACGCGCGACUGCAGGCCCAGGCUGACUGGGUGAGGAAAGUGGCUGCAGAGAACAGCGACGUGCGCGAGCAGCUGGGCCGCGCGUGCCAGGAGCGCGACGCCGCAAACCUGCUGGCAGAGCAGCUGCUGCAACAGGCAGCACGCGAGCAAGACAGGCAGCAGCAGCUGCAGCACGACCUGCAGAAGGCCCUGAGUGACCUGCAGGAUGCCCGGAAGGAGAUGCAGGCGCUGCAGUGUUCCUCUGAACACCCUCCCGAACAGCUACGGGAGACCACCCAAACCCCAGAAUCCCAAGGUAGGGGUAGUGGAAGGGCCAAGUUCAAGCCAGGGCCUGAAGACCAUGCCUUGUCAGACCCCAGCAAACAGCUUCUUGUUUGUCUCUCCCAGCAGGAGAACCCAGUUCUUGGGGAACCAUCCAGUGUGCCCCAAGUGUCAGAUAGGGUCCCUGCCAGCCAGCUCCUGGACUCCAGGCCCCAGACCAAGAAAACCAGCUCCCAUUCAAACUCCUCCUCCUCCUCAGAGGUGGAGUCCAUGUGGGCCACAGUGCCAUCUUGCCUUACUCUGGACAUGGAUACAGUCAGUGAGGUGGAUGACCUAGAGCCAGACAGUGUGUCUCCUUCCCUGGAAGUGGGGUCCUCUGAGACUCCUGCAACUCCCAAGCUCAAAAUCUUUUUGGCUAGGUAUAGCUACAACCCCUUAGAGGGGCCCAAUGAGCAACCUGAUGGUGAGCUGCCCUUGACAGCUGGUGACUAUGUAUAUAUCUUUGGGGAUAUGGACGAUGAUGGCUUCUAUGAAGGGGAGCUUGAGGAUGGCCGGCGGGGACUAGUGCCCUCAAACUUGGUGGAACAGAUUCCAGACAGUGACAUCCUGGGCUGCCUGUCCUCCAAGUACCCUGACCUUGGCCCCACUGUACUGCCAGCUGGGCAGAGCAGAGUCUCAGAAGAAAAUAGCUCAUUAUCUGGGGAAGCACAGGGAUCAGUGGAUAGAGUGCCAUGCCAGCAGGGAAGGGUGGGCUCCAAGACAGAAGUGGCAGUAGAGAUCUUGGAGUCUAAGACAAAAGCAUGUUGGCUAGGCUCACCACAUAGUGUGGGGGAGCAGGGCUUCUCCAGACCCCUUCUGGGGGCCAAAGGAGUGCUGUGUGUGGCUCCAAUGCAACUACAUCUGCAGAAUGUCACAGCCACAUCAGCUGAAAUUGCCUGGGUCUGCAGCAGCAACAGACACCCUCAUGUGGUAUAUCUCAAUGACCAGGAACAUGCCUUGACCCCUUCAGGUGUGAGCUGCUAUACUUUCCAAGGCCUACAUCCCAGCACACGAUAUCAGGUGCGGGUGGAGGUGCGUCUGCCUUGGGACUUGUUGCAGGAGCACUGGGAAACAAUGUCCUCUACCAUCAUCUUCAAUACCCCCUUAGCAGGACCCCCUGACCCUCCGCUAGAUGUCCUGGUGGAGCACCACACCUUGCCAGGUUUCCUGGUGGUCAGUUGGCUUCCUGUGACCAUUGACUCAGCUGGGUCCUCCAAUGGGGUCCAGGUUACUGGUUAUGCUGUGUACGCAGAUGGGCUCAAGGUUGCAGAGGUCACUGAUGCCACUGCUGGGAGCAUCCUGCUGCAAUUUUCCCAAAUGCAGGUGCCCCUAACAUGCCAGAAGGUCUCAGUGAGAACCAUGUCACUUUAUGGUGAGUCCAUGGAUUCAGUGCCAGCUCAGAUCCCUGAGGACUACUUCACCUGCAACCCAUUACCAGAGACUCCUUCAUUUAGCUAUACCUGUGGUGACCCAUCCACCUAUAGAGUCACCUUCCCUGUCUGCCAUCAGAAGCUGGUACUGGCUUCUCCGAAUACCAAAGCUGUCCCCCACACUCCUGGAAGUUGUGGGGAGCCUCAGACCAAGUCUUUAGAAGCAUUCCCUGAAGAAGCCCCAAAAAGGCAGUCCCCAGUGUCCAACCUAAGCUCAGAAGGGACUGGCAACAAAGUCCAGGAACCCAUAGAGACCUGGAAAAAAUGCAGAAAGGAUAUGUCCUUUCAGAAGAAUCCCCAGAACCACCACAGAUUACCUGUACCCAGUGACCAGUCUGGGUUGAAAGAAAACCACUAUGGGCACAUGAAUACCAGCAGAAGUCCUGUUCCAGGAUUCAGCCAUCCGCCCCCUGAGUGUGGACCCAGAAAAGAGCUAAGUCAGGAGAAGGCUGCCUUUGAAAAGACCCUUAGGCAAAAACAGAAUACCCAAGUGUUCAUACCUCCCCAACAGAGAACCUGCCAGCAAUAUGCAGCUGAUUUCCAUGACAUCUUUGAGGAGGCGGCAGCAUUGUGCUUGGAUCCUUGGUGCACAAAAAAUCAAGAGCAGAAAAAGAAUUUGAGGCCUCACAGUAGGCGAGGUCAGGCUCUGGGGGAUAAGAGAGAGUGCCAGCUCCUUGAGCCCAGUUCAGUGCUGUGUCCAACUCCAUCCAGCAAAAUCAUUAAGAUGUCCAGGGGUGGCCCCACACAGCUGGGGACAGAAGCCAAUAUUCCCGCCAGGGUCUUUGUGGCCCUCUUUGAUUAUAACCCUCUGACAAUGUCUGCCAACCCUGAGGCAGCAGAGAAGGAACUGACCUUCCAGAAAGGGCAGUUGCUAAGAGUAUGGGGCUGUCAGGACCCCCAUGGUUUCUACCAUGGUGAGUGCAAUGGACAAGUGGGCAACAUCCCUGGGCACCUUGUAGUGGAGGUAGAGGUGGGCACAGAGUGGACUGACAGGAGGUGGCAUUUGCCAGCACAAGGGCACCUGCCCUCUGUGGGCCACCUUGCAGACUUUGAGAGGCUCACCAGGCCCCAAGGUUCCUUCCUCAUACCCCAAGGGAACUCCAAGAGACCCACACUGUGGACUCCAAAGACCAUGAUGGCGGCCCUGGACUAUGAUCCCAGGAAUAGAAGAGCAGGAUGCCGGGGAAAAGGCAAGCUGGCACUGAGGGCUGGGGACAUGAUCACAGUGUAUGGGCCUGUGGAUGAUAAAGGAUUCUAUUAUGGUGAGUCAGGUGGCCAUAGGGGCCUAGUCCCAGCCCACCUAUUGGAUGACUUGUCUAUCCACAGAGAGUAAGCAAGGCUACCUGCUGGGGUGGUAGCCUCUGGCUUCCCACACCCCUCUGGAUAAGAAGCAAGCAUGAGCACCCUCAUACAACACCCCUUCUUGCAGCCGCCUUAAGCAACAUUUGCUCCAGGCACCAUUGUGUUAAAACUGAUGGCAGUCCCCAGGUGUCCCUUAACCUCUGGGAGAAGUUGAGCUUAAUUGUUUCCAAAAGAAAAUAAGCCAAUUCCUGAGAGUUUGACUGUUUCAAAGUUGUCAAAAACUAUAAUAUGUAUUUGAAGAAGUGC